UCUGACACAGUAAAACUUUGAGUAUUGUGUUGGAAGGUGUAAUUGUCAUAGGAUAUUUUGAUUUGGUGUUUUUUAAAUUUAUUGAGGAUUUGCACAUGUUUUUAUGUGUGUAUAAACCAGCAUUUUACGUAAGUUCGUUACUUUCUGGUGAUGUUUUUUUUUAAAAUUAUACUUCUACUGUAGCAGCAGUGAAUCGCUCAAUCAAUUUAGUACUUGAUUGUAAAGGACACCAUGCCAACAGUACUUCUACUGGAUGUUUCUCUGUCCAUGUGUAGACCCGUACUCCAACCAGAUAUUGCCGAACCUUAUCAGUUGCGUAAUCUUGCUGUCCAUGGCUUGAAUUCCCUGUUAGACUUUAUCAAUCAGCAUUGCAAAUUAGAAUUCUGUUCUCUGAUAAUUUUUUCCUCAAGCUGUGAAAUACUGAGCCCUUUUACUCGAGAUCUUGAAAGCGUCAAAAAAGCUUUGUUGAACAUCGAUUUUUAUGAUAAAACAUGUAUUGAAACAGCUCUUGGAAGCACUAAAAAUGCUGUUCUUGAAGAAUGGGGAGGCAGUGUUCCAUGUCAGAUAAUUCUAGUGACUGAUGGCAGUACUGGUAUUGGGCCAAACUCAUUAAAACAACGAUUGCAAGACAUUGGAACCAAAACAAAAGAAACGGAGCAGCGUUUUCCAUUGCCGUUUCCAUUCCCUAGCAAACUUCAUGUUGUGUGUUUAUCUAAUCCAAAAGAUAGCAAUUUACAAGUGUCUAUCCCACUCUAUCAAAAACUAAUAGAUAUGAAUGGUGGAAAUGGUCAAGUAUUUGUUCCUGAAGGAAAUUUGAACUUAAAGACUGUUCAGCAAAUGUUCUUGAAAUUAGCAGAAACCUACUACAGACCCUUUCAUGGUACAUUGCAUUGUGGGAACCUUAACUGUAAUAUAUCUCUUUCUCCACCUCCAGAAGCAUGUGAGAAGAUUAAUGAUUUUGAUUCUCGCAAGGUAGAGAUGUCAACAGACAUUCUGAUCUGUGGAUUUCUAGAUAUUAACCAAGCAUCCAAUCCUCCUGCACUCUCAAGGCAUCUAGUUUUGCCUAUACCACCACAAAGUUUGAAAGAGGAGGGAAAAGCAGUGAUGAUGAAACAAGAUAUUGAUGCUUCAGAUGAUGAUGCUGUUGUGGGAAAUGAUGAAGGGAAGCAGCCAUCUUUUUGUGUGCUUCUACAUGGAAGCUUAAAAGUGGAAGGAAUGGUUGCACUUUGUCACCUAGGGGAAGACUGGUAUGGUAUGCUCUGUUCGUGGGCGGACAGUAAAAAGAAAUCUAACUUGAUGCUGUCAACAUUUGAACCAGGCUUAGAGGUGGUUCCAUGGUUAGGAAAAUUUACACAAAUAGGCCCAGCUUCUUUACUGCCAGAGCUCUCCAAGUCAGUUACUGAAAAUUCUUUUCCCAUAAAAUUAGCCGAAAAGCGAAGUUAUGCACAAAAUUGUGUUGUGUGGAUUCGUCAGAUGGCCUUACAGGCUGACAUACAAAAAAUUCUUCGGCAUGCAAGAAAGCUUCCUGAUAAAACACAAAAUUUUUAUAAGGAGUUAAACAAGCUGCGACGAGGAGCUCUAGCUUUUGGAUUUUAUGAAUUACUUGAUGGAAUGGCGAUUAUAUUGGAGCGGGAAUGCACAUUACUGCCGGGAUCAGCUCAUCCUGAUGCAGCUCUUCAGCUAACACAUGCUGCCAGUGCCUUGCGAUCACAAGUGUACAGAGAUUACAAUUCCUCCAUCAAGCCUUUGUGUACAAAGUUCAGCUCAGGUGACUGAAAUGAUUCAAAAUAAAAGCAUCCAGUUAUAUUCUUUGGUAGGAACUUGGAGUCAACUUGAAAUAUUUGCAUUGGAACCUUCUAAUCAUUUUACAUUAACCUUGCAACGUAAAUAUUUUUUCCUUUUUUUAACUGAAGCAAAAAAAUGUUUCAUUGUUGCCAGUAUGAAUCUUUAAAAGUAUAUGUAAGUUUCAUAAAGGUAAAAUGUUUGUAAUGUACAAGUGAGUCUGGCCAAGAUUCAGUAAUGUUUCUUAACUAGGUAUCUAGGCUGAAAUUUAAAUAAAGCACAUUAUUCAUAACAGAAACUUCAUUUGAUUGAACUUCAGUUUUCUGUAAAAUCAAUUCGGUGUAUAAAAAUAUAGAUGAUUCUCAAAUAAACCAAUAUUUGUGUAUUGACGUUGUUAAUCAGGUUAUUAUUCUACUUUAUUGUACUGAGACAGUGUGUAAUAAACUGGAAACACUGCUGUA